UACACAGGCCGCAGCCACAGGAGACCGAAGUCCCACAGAGAUGCUGGCUGUUGUAUCUCCUACAGGUUUAUCUGUGAGGGAGUGUAAUGAUGCCACAUGAUGGCAUGCUUUGUGCCCACCUAUUUGUUUGGAAGCUCCUCUAAUGUUAUAUACAGUUGCUCCCAGUCACUGUUCCUUUGAUAUAGUCACUCACACCUCUGAAAGUAGCCAUUCAAGUCCAGUGUUAUCUCCUCACAGUGUAACCCAGUCAGUCCUCCUCCUGCUCGAUCCGCCUAGCUCUGCAGUUUUCAGAGUGCACGCUGUCCCAGUGUAGCCACAGUGUGCCCCUUCCUCUCGAGUCGCCGUGCCAAGUUGUGGAGAUGGGCCUCCUCUCGGAUCCAAACCGCAGGCAGGUGUUGACAAACCUGCUCACCAGGAUGAACACGCCGCUGUGCUUCAUGUGCUACAUCGCUGGGGUCUCCUGGUUCAUGGGCCUGGCCUUUGAACCCUUUAUCCUGCAAACGUAUACUUCGGAAAAUGCCAUGGGCUCCACCAUGGUGGAUGAGAACUUUGUCUACGGUGACAGGGCAUUGUCUUAUGCCCGGGAAUUCUCGGCCCAUGGGAAAAAGGCAGGGGAGAUGCCUGUGGAAUGGCUUGUGAAGACCAUGAGUGGCCUGGGGCUGGAGACCCACACUCAGACUUUCUCCCGAACUCUACCCUUCCCUGACGAGAUGCGGGAGAGAUAUAUGGUGAAAGGGACCAAUGUGUAUGGAAUUCUUCGUGCCUCGAGGGCAGCGAGUACAGAAUCAAUUGUACUGAGCACUCCGGUUGGCAUCAGACAGAACAGCCAGGCUGCUGGCCUGCUCCUGGCUCUGGCUUCCUACUUCCGAGUUUCUGUCCCAGGUCAGAUUCACUGGGCCAAGGACAUCGUCUUCCUUUUCAACGAGCAUGACAUGAUUGGGAUGGAGGCUUGGCUUGAAGCAUAUCAUGAUGUCAAUGUGACAGACAUUAACUCGUCAGUGAUGGAAGGCCGUGCUGGAGCUAUCCAGGCUGCCGUCACCAUUGAGAUCAGCAGUGACGUAAUCACCAGCUUUGAUAUCAGCAUUGAGGGGCUGAAUGGUCAGCUGCCAAACCUAGACCUGGUGAACCUGUUUGCAUCAUUUUGCCAGAAGAACGGAGUGCUGUGUACUAUUCAGGGAAAGUUACCCCGUCUGGACGGAGAGACCCUGGACGGUUACAUCCACUCGCUGCACACCAUGCUGCUGAUGGUGCUGAAACAGGGCUCUGGGAAAUCCCAGGGGGACCAUGGCCUCUUCCUGCGAUACCACAUCGAGGCAGUGACCAUCCGGGGCAUUAACAGCUUCCACCAGUACAAGUUCGACAUGGUCACUGUUGGCAAAGUAUUUGAGGGCGUCGUGAGGAAGCUGAACAAUCUGCUGGAAAAGCUGCAUCAGUCUUAUUUCUUCUACCUGUUGCCAUCUCUCUCGCGCUUCGUAUCCAUUGGGUAUUACAUGCCAGCCUUUGGCUUCCUGAUCCUCAUCCUGCUGCUCAGAGCUCUCGAUCUUUGGAUCCGACUUUCCAAGGUGGAACCCGCCUGUGCCCAGGAUUGUGCUGCUGAGAACGUCAGACCAAGCUUCCUGUCAAUCAUGACUCCAAUUUUCAUCUGCCAUGUCAUGGGUCUUGCCCUGUACUACGUGCCACUCCUGUGCCAGGGAACAGCGACAGAGCAUUUCCCCAUCUCAGAGACUGAAGCAGUUGUGCUCACCUCUAUAGCCAUCUAUGUGGCUGGACUCGCUCUACCCCACAGCACACAGAGUGCCUCCUUGCCUGCUGAGCAGGCUGUCCAGGGCUGGAUGACGCUGAAGCUGAUUGCCAUUCUGUACCUGGCUUUGCUCCUGGGCUGUAUCACCUUGAUCAACUUCUCACUGGGUUUCAUACUGGCUGUCACCCUGAUCCCAGCGGCUGCCCUCGCUCAGCCAGAACCCCACAGGAUGCUCAAUGCCCUGUUCCUCAUCCUGAUGUCUCCUGGCACUACCUUGCUGAUGUGCAUUUAUCUGUACCACGAACUGGCAGAAUACCCCGUCACUUUGCUGGAAUGCUGGCAGCUCCUCCUGCAGGCUGUUGCUGAAUCUAUUCUCGACCACCACCUGUACGGCUGUAUUGUUUACCCCAUCAUUGUCUUCUUCAUCUACCCCAGCUGGCUCCUGCUGUGGAACGUGGUCUUCUGGAACUGACAGAGCACACACAUCUCCCUCCUUGGCCCCACCCAGGAAGACACACUCCCCCCCCCCCCCCCCCCCCCCAAACACACACAACCCCAGGUGACCUGGUUGAAGGCACUGUUGGGUCGGAGGGGCAACGGAAUUGGGGGUCUUUUAUUGAACAACACCACGUCUCAUUCUGGGGUUGGUGAGGUUUUAAUUUGACUGCGUGGUUGGGGGUGGGGGGGGAAGGUGGAGGGCAUGUGGGGACACAGGGAAGAGGCCAACAUGGGCUUGGGCGGGGGAGGGCUUGGAGGGACAAUUCACUUGGAGAGGUAAGAAGUGUGGGAGCCGAGGAGUUUGUAGGUGCCAGGUGGCAGGUGGUUGGAUUGCAAGAGGGAUUGGGUGUGUGAAAUGAGCUGGGGACUGAGGUCAGAGGGUGGUAAGAUUAGCCCUUUUUUUAAUCGGGUCCUGUAGCAGAAGUGUGUCCCUGGCAGCAAAGUGGGGCAUUUGAUGAAGUUGCUGAAUAAGGAAGUUUGUCAUGAUCUGGGGCAAAACCAAAUAGAAUGGAUUUGUGAUAGAAUGAGACUCAGACACUUCUCCUUUGCAUCACUGAAGAAUGUCACUAUGAUGUUUAAAUCCACCUCCAGUCAGGACUUUAGACCAUAUCCCAGCACCAAAUCCAGCAUUUUAAUGUUAACUUCUGGAUGCUUGUAUUUGGGUUGAGUAAGGAGCUAUGGUCCGUGACCUUUAAGCAGUUCUUCGUUGGAUCGGUUCUUCGGACCGUGCUGGUUCGAAGUCAGAAACUCCUCUUAAUGAAAUGACUGAAUGCUUCUCUUUACGUUGACUGAGGAGCUGCCUCACUGCUGAGUCUAUAAUGUUGAAAAUUGUUCCUUGUGUAAAUAGUUGAAUGGAUUUUUUUUAAAAGUGAGAAUAAAAACAGAUAAAUAUUUA